AUGUUACCAUCUCAAAGGUGUCAGACAAGAAACCAAACCCUGAUUCCGCAUUUAUUAGAUCGGCAUAUGAGAAAUGAUCCUUUUUUGAUCGAUCUUGGGACUACAGGAAAUUAUCUGAUCAGAGAUCGUAUUUUGAAUUGCGAGAAAUCAGAACAGGGAUCAGAGAAUGACCUUUCAUACGAUCAAGGUAUAGGAGGCAAUUUAGAAGCUCGAAAAGCUAUUGCUGGGCUUAUCAACACAACUGAGGUAUUUAACCCUAGGAGCUCAGUACAAGAUUCCCAAAUUGUACUUGCCCCAGGAGCCAGCGGCGCACUGAGUGCCCUGAUAGAACAAUUAUGCAAUCCGGGGGAUGCAGUAAUGAUUUCCACACCAUACUGGUCCGGGCUUGAUCUUGCUAUAUCUGUACACAAAGAUGCUGUUGCCCUACCUGUGCAUAUUCCUCUGGAGAAAUUGUUCACAGUCGAGAGUAUUGCAUUCUAUGAGCAAGCCAUGGAUGAAAGUUUAGUUCCCGUCAAAGCCAUGCUUAUCUGUAACCCGCAUAAUCCAUUGGGAUGUUGUUAUCCCAAGGAAGUAUUGCAAGCAUUGCUAGCCAUGUGUGAUCGCCGUGGCUUGCAUUACAUCUCCGAUGAAGUGUAUGGGCUAUCAGUCCAUAAUAAUCAUGCAUUACUCCAGAAGAAAAAGGACUUUAUCUCGGCUUUGUCAAUAGACUACAAUGAAAGUUCUGUCCACGUUCUCUAUAGUCUUAGCAAGGACUUUGGCUGCAGUGGAAUACGUCUCGGUGCAAUUAUUAGUCAAAACAAUGUGGCUGUUCGUCUUGGUGCUGCUCUCACAGUUCACGGCCAGGUUUCUUCUGCCGCUAGUCUCUUCGCAACUAGAAGCAUUCUGCGACCGGACAACGUAGACUUUGUGGUGGUUCAUAACGGUGCAAUCUUGCAAAAAGCAUAUUUGAGGGUGAAGAACUUUCUUUUGGCUAAUGGGAUCGCAUUCAUUCCUGCCACAGCAGGCAUGUUUGUAUUCGCGCAGCUUUGUCCAAAUGCCGAUGCUCAAACAGAGAACGAAUUCCAAAAAAGAUUAAAAGUAGUUGGUCUCUCGCUCAGUGCAGGGACAAGCUACCACUAUACAGAGCCAGGCUGGUUUUGGGAAUCGCAGAGAUUGUGGUUUCUGUCAAUAUGUGUGUGGUCUCUAUGGCAUUAA